AGAGAUAAACACACCAGCUGAUCAAUGAGAAAAGAUACCCUUAAGGAAGAGAUCCAGGAGAUGUCCUCUGAGAGAUCCAGAAGAUGCUCUCUGACAUGGAGAAGGCUGUGUGGGUGCUGCUGGUUUGGAAGCACACACCCAUCAAGUCAAAGUCAGAUGGUCUCCCAAACUCUUUGGGACUCACCCUCUAUACGGUACAGUAGUGAAUGUUGUGCUAGUACUCUACGUACUGUGGUAAAGCUGACAGACCUCAGGCCUUCUACUUCCUUAGGAUAUGAGGUGAUAACAGAAGAGCCAACACCAUAUGUCCCGGCUGCUGGACUUCGAUCUUAUGAGGGAGCUCUUUCCAAUGAAUGUUAUGAUGAAUCACUAUACAGUUGUUAUGUGACAUGGGAUGAGCGUCUCCAGCUUUGUCCUUCCUCAGAUUAUGAAGACAUGAUAACAACAGGGCCAAAACCAUGCAUCCUUGCUGCUGAACCUCUGUCUUGGGAGGGAGCUGUUUCCAAGGCCCCAGGCAUCAGUGGAUCAGAAGACCAGGAAUCUGCACAGAUACUAGAAUCAGAAGAGACUUGCUUGGAAGAGGAGACCCUAGUGCCCCUCGAGGCUCCUAAACUCUUUUCUGGGGUUGGACCAGCUUGUCAUAGUUAUCAGUUUCUGGGACCUGAAGGAAAUGUGGAUAUUGAGUUGAUUGAUGAGAGUGCAAACAGAUACAGCGUCCACUUCCCCAUGGCUGGCUUCUAUCUGUGGCCAGCGACACGCCUCGGAUUCUUGGUAACAGCCGCAGUGACCGUGAGGAUAGCGUUCGAUUCUUGGAGUCAGCAUCCAGAACUGAAGUUACAGCCUGAGGAGCAGUGGAUGGUGGCAGGCCCACUGUUUGAUAUCUCUGUGGAGCCCGAGGGGGUCAUCGCUGAAAUCCACCUCCCUCACAUCAUCUCCCUGCCAGCAAAUGAGGUCGAUAUGUCUUGGUUCCACGUUGCCCAUUUUAAGCACGAACGGAUGAUCCUAGAGGCGCCAGCCCGAGUGGAGCCUUUCUAUGCCGUCCUGGAAAACCCCAGCUUCUCUCUGAUGGGAAUCCUGCUGAGAUUGGCCAGUGCGAUUGGUAUUUCGGUCCCCAUCACUUCCACGGCACUGCUCUAUUAUCACUUCUACCCUAAAGAGAUUAAAUUUCACCUGUACCUUAUCCCCAGUGACUCCUUGGUGAUGAAGGCAAUAGAUGAAGAAGAAACUAAGUUUCACGGUGUGCGUCUGCAGACCUCCCCCCCUGUGGAACCUCUGCAUUUUGGUUCCUCUUAUAUUGUGUCUGGUUUGGCCCACCUGGAAAUAACGCCCAAGGAGUUGAAAUUAUCCUACAGGAGUCCUGGAGAACCCCAGUCAUUCUCUAAAGUCUUUGCUGGGAAGAUGGAGGAACCAAUCACAUUUGAAGUUACCGAACAAACAUGCAAGACUUCGGUCUGGCACACUUUGGUGAAGCCAGUGGAGCUCCAGUGUCGUGCUGCAUCACCGCCUUCUCCCUUCUCAGUUGAGAUGUUUAUGAAGGAGAACCACCGGCACCUGCGAGCCAGGCUGGGGGACCUGAGCGGAGUACUAGAUGAUCUUCAGGACAGUGAAGUCUUCACCGAGGAAGAGAAGGAGCUGGUGCAGCAGUUGCCAACACAGCAGAGGAAAAAUGAGACCCUGCUGAGGAUGGUGGAGAAGAAAGGGCCCCAGGCCCUGGAGAUACUCUUCAGAAGCCUUCAGCAAAGAGAUCCUUACCUGAUGUCCUACCUCAGCCAGCAGAGUUUAUAACAUUGACUCAGGUCAAUACUCAGGAAGAGAGAAUCCUGUGUCCUCCACGGAUAAUGGAUAAAGAGGGGUGCUUGGGUGGCUCAAUCAUUUAAGUGUCUGACUCUUGAUUUCAGCUCAGUUCGUGAUCUCGGGAUCGUGAGAGUGAGCUCAGCUCUCAGCUCCACACUAAGGGAGAGUCUGUAUGAAAUUGUCUUCCUCUGCCCCUCUUCCCACUCUCUCUCUCUCUCAAAUAAAUAAAUUAAA